AUGGCCGAGGACGGCAGCAACACCUUGGCGCCGCCUCCGUCAGACGGCGACGAGCACAACAAGCAAGUCCGCUUCUCAGACAUGCUUGAGGAGUACGAGCCCUCUGAUCUCGGCCGCAAGGGUCCCCGUGCCCCGGCUGCAACCACCUCCUCACCACAACAGGUCAAACCCGCCGCCGAGGCGACCGCAUCGGCUCUGGUGGGCCGUCUCAACUUGGCCGCCAUCAUCUCCAGCCUCCCAGCAGACAUGAGCGGUGGCGGCGGCGGUGGAAAAAUCAGCGAAGAGGACGCCAGUGGUACCAACGCAUCGGAUCUGCCGCCCACGCAUGAUGAGGAGCAUCUUUCGGUUGCUGCCACGACCACACCCAGCAACCAUACGAAGGCUGGUGACGCCGUCGAAACAGAUGGAACAGCCCUGCCCAUUGUCACCACAUCCUCGCAGGACCCUCACGAAGGCAUCCAGGCACCCAGUGAACCUGCAUCGACUUCCGCUCCGCUGCCGCAACAGCAGCAACCCGUAACAGCAUCGUCAGCACCGCCACCGGAAGAACAAGCUCCGCCCACGACAAUGACUGCAAAUGCUGAAGCGGCGACUGCCUCACAAGAGCCAGACAUGAGCGAGAGGGAGAGUGUUGUCAUCGCACGUGGCGGCAAGAUUGAAGUCGUUGAUGCCGAUGCCGUAACAGUCCACCCAGAACUGCGCUUUGAAGACCAUGAAGAGGACGCAGACGAUAGUGCGCCCCUUACUCGCGCUGCACGAGCGCCCCCUCGUCCAUUGCGGGCUCAAUCAGCUCGACCCCAUCGUUCAAGGCCCACCCCGGCACAAACGUCAGACCGGCCACGACCGGCCUCAGCCGCCCAGCCCCGUUCCCACACGCGCAUUGCGCACACAGCCAGCUUCACGGGCCCUGGCAAGGGCUUACAUCGCUUUGCCAGUGAAGAAGCUCGUGACGCUUUUGAGGCCUGGUAUGCGCGCAAGCAACGUUCGAUGCGAGACACUCUUCGCGCCAACUCUAGCAGUGACCCAGAGGCUGAGAGGCAACGUCAAUUAGAAUCUCAGCGCAGCUUUGAGGCUUGGCGCCGGCGCAAGGACGAAGAGGAGCGAGAGGAGCGUCGGCGGCAGCGCCAGCGAGAAGAUCGGCGCAAUCCAGCACACUCACGUGCUGCCAGUGCGAGCACACAACAGGCGAACAGGGCGUACCACGAAUGGCUGCAACGGAAGCGCUCCGAGACCAAACAGGCACAAUUAGAGCAACAAAUCCGGCAGCAGCUUUUGGAUGAAUCCCAAGACCUCUUGACCGAACGUGAAACCUUGGUCCAGUCGGCUGUACAAGACUGGCUCUCGCGCAAGCGCUAUCAAGAGCAGCUGGAGAAGGAGCAAUUGAAGGAGCGAUUGCGCGAGGAACGUCGCGAGAUGCAGCGGAUCAAACAGUCGUUGGCACGCACAUGGACCACACCUUCGCGUGGUGAAUCGCGCACCAGCACGACCUUUGAUGCUUCUUUUCGCCUCCAGCAACGUGAUGAACGGAUACGGUCCCAUCGCAAUCCGUCGCUGUCGUCGUCCCCAAAAUCAUUCAAACCGAACCGCCUCAAGACCAUGUAG